UUCAGGAAACCUCAACACCAUAAAGAUGCCAAUCAGUGCUCCCGAUAUAAGGACGAUGCCAGCCUCCGGGCCCGGUACACAAUCUAAUGGUCUGGCUACUCCUGCAGGAAGUCACCCAGACUACGAGCCCAACAUCCCUGAGCCCACAUGCAGAGCUGAUCUUCUGAAAUACUGGAUUAACAUUUCCCUGGAUGACAAGACAGCCAAUAAAUCUCUGUGGAUCACAGAGGAUGGAUCCAAGGCGUCACGCAUCACCGAUGAUAUCACAUGUCCCGUCCUGGAAACGCCAGAAAGAUAUGAGCAUGCCCCCCAGGUUCUUUGCAAAGAAGGCAUCUCGGGCUUCCGAGCUUACUGGGAGGUGAACAGCUCAGGAUGGGUGUUCGCCGGAGUCGCCUAUGAACGGGCUGGGAGGAGGGCAUGCGACGGACAGUGUGGGCUGGGAGAAAAUGAACAGUCCUGGGGUAUUGGGUGGGGUGGAUCCCACUACCAGCUGUGGUUCAAUGGCAUCAAUACAGACAUCUGGAAUAUUCCCCAGUACACCACAUUCGGGGUCUACCUUGACCAUCCGGCUGGCGUACUCAAUUUUUACGGAGUAGAAAAAACAGAAGAGGGAGAGAAGGAGAUCCGCUUGCUUCGGAGGAUUAAGAGCUGCUUCAAGGGGAGCAUGUUGCCAGGUUUCUGGGUGGGAGAAAAGUCCUCAUGUUUAAUAGUUAAAAUAGAGGAGUAAAGUACAUUGUGUGUGAUUUCCAUGAAUACGUCAUUUACAAUUCAUGUCUAAAACUUGAGAUAUGCCUGCAUGUUUCUGCAAUGCACAUUUUGGGAUAAUGUUAGACAAACUAUUCGAAAUAGAAAUAUCUGUAUCAAGAAACACAUUUAUCAUCAAGAAGCUGCUAUUUGUUUAAGUGUUUGUGGAUCAUUAACGUGUUCAAUUUGUCAACACCCGGCUGUUUUUUAAUAGAAUAAACACACUGAAUAUUUAAAAAAAGAAGUGUGAAUUGUUGUGCCAUUCUCCAUUAAACAGUGGAGAUGGUAAGAGACAUCAGGUCAGAUGUGAACUUACUGACUGUCAUAUUAUUUUAAAUGAGUGUGUUGAACAUUAAUUUGUACCUAUCUUUUUUCA